GUAAUGCUGUAUUUCCAUGGCGGUGGCUAUACCAUGCCCUUACACCCUAAGGCCCAUCUCUUGUCCUGCCGAGACUAUGCGACGGCUCUUGGUGCUUCAGCGCUGUUCGUGCUGGAAUACUCUCUGUCGCCUGGCGCAAAGUAUCCCACUCAGCUGCGGCAAGCAGUCCUUGCGCUCCGACAUUUGCUAGAAGCGCGAAAUCUCUCUCCAUCGCAAAUCGUCUUUGGCGGCGACUCUGCAGGCGGGCAUCUCGCAGUCACACUGAUGGCACACAUCCUCCAACCCCAUCCAGAUAUUCAGCCGAUACCCGAAAACCUGACCAGUAAAGCGAAAUUCAGAGGCAUGUUCAUGAUCUCCCCAUGGGCCGCGAUGCAGACAGGCUCUGCCAGUUUCCGCGAGUACGACCAGAUUGAUGGGUUGAGCAUUGCUCGAGUCCAGUAUAUCAUAGAUCUCUUCGAUCCUGUCGAAGACGAUGUUUGGGCCGACCCACUCACGGCAGGCGAGAAAUUCUGGGCGCAUCUACCAGUGGAAAGGGUGAUCGUGACUGCCGGAAGUAUUGAAUGCCUGCGGGACGAUGGUAUCGAGCUGGGUAGAGCCUUGAAGGAUGCUGAGCAUGAUGGGACGCAAGUUGAAGUCGUGGUUGCUGAAGGAGAAGUCCAUGUGCACCUUGCUUUCGACUAUGCCUUGGGAUUGCCAAUGUGCGAGUCGCGGAGAAGGUUGAUUGAUUGGUUUACUUCGUUGAAGAAC